AUGCUUAAUUUGUCAGCUUUAAUUUCUGAGACAGAAGAUCAAAACAAAAAAAUCAACUUUGAAAUCGCACCUGACAGAAAAAUAUCUUUUUCAGAUAAGAAAAUAUAUCUAGACUAAUUUUCUUAUGCUGAACCUACACCUCAACCAAUUAAAGGGAAUGUAGUUUCUAUAUUGAGAAAGGAGAAUAAUAGUCAGUCUAGAGUUACAUUCUCGCCAUUUUAAAACUAAGGCAAAUUAAGAAAAUUACCUCAGAGUGAAAUUAGAAAUAUGAAGAACUCGUUGAUCUAGAAUAAAAAGAAGUAAAGUGUGCCAGAAUAGCAUGAAUAUGAAGAGUUUCUGUCUCAAACAACUUUCACUAGAAGUGACUUCGAAAAAAUUAUGGAAAAAUAGCUUCAUUAAACCCCUUAAACUCAGUUUAUUUUAAAGCUCUUCUUUGAAAGUAUUAACUCGAUAAUUAAAAAUAAUAGGAUUUCACAAAAAACCACUAGAUAGCCAUUAAGAUCAAGUAAUACCUGCUAGAAAAUAGGAGAUUGA